AUGGGUAUUACAGAAACAUUAAUAACUUUGAGUGAUCCAGAAACAGCAAUUGUAAAAAAUAUAUAUAAAAUCAAUAAGAGUACAAUAACUCCAUCGAUAUUUGGUAAAAAGAUUCUUAACUUUUCAAAAAAGGUUGAUAUUAUGAUUGAGAAUAGUGCUGACUAUUUUAAUGUGAUAAAAAGAGAAAUCAAUGAUAGAUUAGCGGGAACAUUAUCCAGAAAACGUGCUGCAUUAGUUUUUUUUGAAAUAGAAAAAAAAUUAAAAGAAUUUUAUGAAUCAAAAACUUUUGAGCCUAUGAAAGAGUCAGUUGCUUAUCUAACAGAAGAAGCAUCAUUAGUAGAAAAAGAAAUUUUAAUUCAAGGUGCCACGAGAUCUGGUCAAAUAACUUUAUUUACCAAGAAUUUUGGUAGAGGAACUGACUUUUUGUCAUAA